AAAGUCCGACUCCCGGAAUAAUCGUAGAUACUUCAACACAAAAAUUAUUAUUCAUUCGGAUACACAAACCUUAUAGUCAGAUUUCCGACCAUGUCUUCCAUCGAUAGUGAAAUCCAUACUCUUCAUGAUCUUCCGCUCGGAAAAAUCACUGUAUCCGGACUGUCAGGGGAAUUCAUUGUAAUCGGUAAAAGAAAGUACUACCGGGAUGAAUUGGUGUCAGCCUUUGGAGGAAGCUUGGUCCCCGGUCUUUCUCCUCCUCCCGCCUACGACUUUGCCAAUCCGGUCCCCUUGGGCUUGUGUGCCUUUUCAUUUACGACCUUCGUGUUAUCCAUGUAUAAUGCAGGAGCCAACGGUGUCCAUGUUCUGAAUGCCGUCGUUGGUGCUUCAUGUUUCUACGGAGGUGCAAUCCAAUUACUCGCUGGCGUGUGGGAUCUCAUUCUAGGCAAUACUUUUGGAGGAACUGCUUUAUGUUCAUACGGAGGGUUCUGGUUGUCCUUCUCUGCCAUCAACCUUGAAAGUUUUGGUAUAAUUGCUGCUUACGGUGACGAUACCGUCCAGUUGGAAAAUGCGUUGGGAUUCUACUUUAUUGGCUGGACCUUAUUUACGUUCAUGUUGGUAAUGUGUACUGUGAAGUCCACGUUGGCAUUUUUCUCGUUGUUUUUCCUGUUGUUUGUGACGUUUUUGCUCUUGUCUAUUGGGAAGCUUACGGGAAGUGCUGGGUGCAUCACAGGGGCCGGGGUUGUGGGGGUUAUCUGUUCAUUUAUUGGGUGGUACAAUGCAUUUCUUGGGGUUGCAAACCCACAGAACUCGUACGUGAGGCCCCGGGUGGUGCCAUUACCUUGGAGACUUAAGUAGAGGCAGCCGUAUGACCGGAUUAGAGUCUGUUAGGUUCCGGAUUAUAGACUGUCUAGUUGGCCCCGGAUUUACAUGAUAUAUGAAUAGAGUUAUUCGGGACCCGGCUAUUGACUGCAAAUAUACACAAAAUUCGAUACUCAGUUUCGCGCACUCAUAUUUUGUAAGCAUCUCAUGAGACUCGUCUGGUGGUUUUUAAUGGCGGUAGCCCUCGGGCUUGACCGUGUCAAUGACUACAACUUUGACAAGGUGGUCCGCAAGUCAGGUGACUGGGUGUUAGUUGAUUUCUACGCCGAUUGGUGCCGUCACUGUCAGAAUCUCAUGCCCACCAUUGAAAAGUUGGCAUCGGCGUAUGAGAAGGUUCCCGGUGUAAAUGUGGUGAAAUUGAACGGUGGGGAACGAUCAGGUCGGAAACUGGUCCUUAAAUAUAAUGUGGAUGGGUUCCCGGCUCUUGGGCUCUACCACAACGAAGAUGAUCCUAUUUUCUACGAAGGUUCACGAGACUUUGAGUCGAUUAAUAAUUUUAUCAAAUUGGCCACCGGCGUCAAUGAGGUUGACAGCCCUCAAAUUGAAGCAUCGGUAGGACCUCAGGAUAUGCUCUCCAUCAACGACCACAACAUCCGGGAGUUGGUGCUAGACUCCUCGGAACCCACUGUGGUGUUAGUGACGGGUGAAUGGUGUCGUCAAUGUAAAGAGUUCAAGCCGAUUUUCAACCAGGUGGCGACAGAGUUUGAAACCAAUCCGGAAGUCAAGUUCGGGGUGGUGGACCUCGAUAAUAAGCACCAUACCACCGAUAAACUUAGGGCACAAUUCGGAAUAGAAACCAUUCCGGCUAUCUUCUACUUUGAUCCUACCCGCGUAGAUUCGGACGGGUUAAAGCGACCUGUCAAAUACGAGGGUAAUCGCAACCUUUCUGAACUCGUGAAAUUCAUCAACCUGCAACUCCCCGAUGCCACGAACUCCAUUACCGGAAGAAACUUGACCCUCGAAUCACAGAUUUCUGCCAUCCGGUCCCAGGCCCAGGCGGUUAAGCUUCUCGAGUCUCUCGAGUCUCUCGACCCAUCUGAUUUCGCAACCAGUUACUAUUCCAAGAUUUUCCAUAAAUUAACUUAUAAACAACAUCUACACGAUAAGGCUCCAGAUGUUGCCAGUGAAAUCACUAGGCUCAGCAACCUCCUUCAAACUUCGGGUCAUUUGAUCCAUCCUCAGAAAAAGAAGCAACUCAUCACCCGGUUGAACAUUCUUCGGUUCUACCAAUCAACCGGUUUGAACUUCUGAAUGAGCCUUACGUUAUCUACCCACACCUUCCCUCCACCUAGCACACAUUCGUCGAUGAUGGGCUUGACGUUGGUGGGGCCAAUGCGGGCCAACCACACCAUUUUCCCGCUGCUUUUUAAAUAUAUUAGUACAUUGGCCACAUACUUGUGGCCGCCAACAUGAUUAACGUAUGCCACCUGAAUGCCACCAGGGCGCUCGUCGCCAAAAUCUCUGUAGAAUCCCAAGUCCCGGGUGUAUGUAUCGAUUUCCUUUUUGAUUAUGGGUGCCGUGACACCACACCGCUUAUCACGCGUCCGGUGGGAGCAGAGAAAGAUCCACGACUGGUUGGGAUCCACCAGCACCUCAAGGCCUCCGGUUUGGCCCAAGUGGAGUUCCAGUUUGGUGGUAGCCUCAGCCAAGUUGCUCAAUAUCGGGAGAACGGCGUCGAGAUCCGAAGUGUCGACAUUCCGGAUCCACACAAACUGCGGCAACACUAACAAGUCUCCCUUGGUACCGUCCGUGUAUGCGGGGUCAUUUUCAAGUCCGGGUGAGCUCAACGAGCACACGUUAACCUUGACAUUAUGCUUGGGCAACCCACUGAUGCGUGAGGCGUUAUGGUCGACCCACUUGUUGAAUGUUUGGACAAACGGCAAUGACGCGUCGUCCAACGCAUUGUGCUCCCAGUUGCUUUUGUUGGUGGGUAUCAAGAUAUGUAUAUCGUAUGGUGAAGAUGAGUUCCACAAUUUGGACGAUUCGUCCACCUUGAUGGAGGACGGGUAUUUGAAGUGACACGUUCCACAGUCUAUGGGACACUCACUUUGCUCGAACAGCCUUUCUUCGAGCUCUUGCUGGAAGUUUUUAUCUAUCGAUGGGACAAAGCGCUUGAAAAAACUCAUCUUGAUAUGUGUCUGUGGUGGUAGGUGUAUUAGAUAACACACGGAGGGUCUAUAAUAUGGGGUUAUACGGGAGAAUAUGCGUUGCAGUCACACCAAGGAAUGUCUGAACCAAGAAGGAGUGCUUUGAUAUAAGUAGGAUGGCAAAGGGCCUGUGGAUUAGUGAUAUAUUCGCGAUGGUUUAUGGCUCGGAUAGGCGGUCCGCGACCGGGAACUUCACGACGGAUGCGGCAACCCAUCCACUUGGACAUGAGGCCAUGACAGUGCAAGUCCGUCAUGAUAUGUGGGGGUAGACCUAUCAGGUACCUGAACUUUACCUGUCAUGAUACUACGGCAGUCACCUCUACUAACAGGGGUGAGGUGCCCGGAGUUAGCGGUUUGCUCGCCAUAACCUCUUCGGCCCUCAUCGCAUAAUUUGCAGCUUUCGGAUGAGCUUUAGAUGCUGACCCCUACACCCAUAGAUUAUAUUAGCUUUGUUCUACGCGUGGUAAUACGUGAUUCGAUAUUUACAUAGUUGGAUGGUCUGACCCAUACACCUACUUCUUAUCCAAUAUGUGACUGAGCCAGCUCAUACAUAGCCGUGUGAGUAAUUGAAUACCCGUGUAGUUAAAGUAUAUAGUGCUCAAUCAAUGGCCGGAAUUGACAUACCCGGCUUCAUCAGGGGAUGGAAUACACAAAGGUAAUAAAGUCUUUAAAGGCAAUAAAGACGAUUAAGGCAAUACAAAUUGGUCUAGACGAUAAACAGUACAGAUACACCUUGCCUUCUAACCUCAAAAUCUAGACCCAGGUUCACACCCACAUAACCCUGUUCUUCCAACCAUCAUCUUCCCAAAUGUCGCCCCAUCCACUCUUCUCUUUUCUCUCCUUCCACCCGCUGCCGCCGUUUCGCCUAUGAGUCUCAUCUGAUGUCCGCGCACCAACACAAUG